CCGUGUUCAAAUUUAGGAAGCAAAAUUAAGAAGUCGUCAGAAAAAGUAGUAGUAGCCUUAAUGGUCGGCGUUGCGCCCCCCUGGCGAAAUGUGGUAGAAGACCAUUCAGAGGGCGAGUCAUCCUGCAGGAAUCAGGAAGCGACGUCCCCAACUAAUUCCUCGCUAAAUGAACGUGAACAGUGAACGGCUCGACAUGUCCGCUUCUGAUGCACAAACAGAGUUGAGGCUGGUGGUGCUGGGCCGCACCGGGACAGGAGGGCGGUCAACGGUCUGCAGCAUCUUGGGCCUCCCUGACGACCAUCAGGGGGAAGACAACCAAGAGUGUAGUAAACGCAGAGGGGAAACUGCAGGCAGACCGGUGCUGGUUGUCUCCAGUCCAGACUGGUUCAGUUCAGACUGCGAUGCAGACGCAAGAAGAAGACACAUCUCCUCCUUGAUCACUUUAUCCAGCCCGGGGCCGCAUGCUUUUUUGUUGUGUGUCCCUGUGAACCAGCCAGCCGAUGGAGAGACCAAAGCACUUGAUGUCCUAGAGAAGCUGUUAGGUCCCUCUGCCGUCACCAGAAACACCAUCAUCCUCUUCACCAACAUGGACGAGCUGGAUGAGGACGAGAGGUUGGAGGAUUACCUCCUGACGUGGCGCAAGGACCUCCGUAUGCUGCUGGAAAGAUGCGGCGGUCGAUAUUACGCCUUGGAGACCCACAGCGGAGAACAGGAGGAGAGCAAAGCUGUUGAGGAGAUGCUGGAGAAAGUUGAACAGGCAGUGAAAGAGAGCGAGGCUCAGCACUUCAGCUGCCCUCUGUACCAGGAGGUUAGUCAACAAGUGAGGAAGAGGCAGGUUGAAAUAGUGAGACAGAGGAGGGAGGAAGCACAUGGGGGGCCUUCAUCAAUUGCGGACUCAGAGGUGACUGAUCAAGACAUGGAGGAAGUCCUGGAAGAGGCAGAAAGGAGCAUAGGAGACUUAGAUUUGGACCUACAUGAAUUUUUACCCUCUUCCAUGAUCUCACCUUCCUCUCCUGCUGCCUCUUCUCUCGGAGCCUUCUGGGAGAAGUUGCUGGGAUGGUUGAAGUGGCUGCCCGCUAUGGUGAGAAGGGAGGCGUUGCUCGGCGCUCUGGUCGGGCUCUUUGUUGGUGGGCCCAUUGGAGGCGUGCUGGGUGCCACUGUGGGCUCUGUGGCUACCGAAGUGACCAGGAGAAAAACACACAAAAGCAAAUAAUAUAUAGGAUUAUAAAUAUAUUAUAUUUAUGGAGUAUAUGAUGCCAAAAUAAUGUAUUAGGCCUUACAUUGUACCUUAAAGUCCUUUCACUGUUUCAGCAUACACAAAUGUAUUACUAAGCUCAGCAGCUGACACGACCCGUUGCAGCAUGGAAACCAGCUUCUAAUGACAACACUGUAUGAUGUCAUUGCUGUUUUUAACCGUGAUAAAAGCCGUUAAUAAAAGCA